GCUGGAAAAGUCAUCUACCUGCUUUUUACAUCAUCAAACCCUUUUCUCAUCUCUCUCUCUCUUAGAUGUUGUUCAGACGAAGAACAAGACAAGAGUCAAACUGAGAAACACAAGUACUUUACACAUGAAGGCGACAAUCGAAUCAUCCAUACUCGUUUCAUUUUCUUCUUCUUCUUCCACAAAACCCUAAUUCCAAUUUCAUCUCUGUCCCUUUCCCCUUUCUCCCACAAAAAAAAAUGGAUCUCUCCGACAUCCGUAACAACAACGACACCGCCGCCGCCGUCACCACCGGAUUAGGUGGAGGAGCAAGACAACUAGUUGACGCAUCUCUCACAAUCGUCCCCAGAUCUACACCCUUAGAAGACUCAACACUCUCAACAACAACAACGGCUGCGGUGGCGGCGACUACAACGAAGCGUUCUACUAAAGACCGUCACACGAAAGUCGACGGAAGAGGACGACGGAUUCGUAUGCCAGCGCUUUGUGCGGCUAGGGUUUUUCAGUUGACGAGAGAGUUAGGUCAUAAAUCUGAUGGUGAAACUAUCGAAUGGCUUCUUCAACAAGCUGAGCCGGCGAUUGUUGCUGCUACAGGUACUGGUACUAUUCCGGCGAACUUUUCUACUUUGAGUGUUUCGCUUCGUAGCAGCGGAUCGACUCUUUCGGCGCCGCCGUCUAAAUCGGUGCCGCUUUACGGUGCUCUUGGAUUGACUCAUCACCACCAACAUCAGUUUGAUGAACAAGGAGGUGCGUUUGCGGCUGCGGCAGCUCAUGCGGCGCCGCUUUUAGGGUUUCAUCAUCAUCUUCAACAGCACCACCACCACCACCAGAAUCAAGCUCCGGUGGAAACGAUUCCUGACGGUGAGAAUUUCUCCAGGAAACGGUAUAGAUCGAUUGAUUUGUCUAAGGAAGACGAUGAUGAUAGGAAACAGAACGAGAGUAAGUCUUUAAAAGAAAGUGAAACUCCGGAUCCUGCGGCGGCGCCGAUGUGGGCGGUUGCUCCGACGAGUAGGUCUAGCGGUGGGAACACUUUUUGGAUGCUUCCGGUGCCACCCGGUAAUCAGAUGGAGAGUAGUAGCAAUAACAACAACAACUCGGCGGGCCACCGUGCUCCUAUGUGGCCAUUUGUGAACUCUGCUGGAGCUGGAGCUGCGACUCAUUUUAUGGCGGGAACAGGGUUUAGUUUUCCGAUGGAUCAGUAUAGAGGGAGUCCUCUUCAACUAGGCUCGUUUGUAGCUCAGCCGCAGCCGACUCAGAACUUAGGUCUAAGCAUGCCGGACUCGAAACUCGGGAUGUUAGCCGCUUUGAACGCGGCUUAUUCGAGAGGCGGAAACGGGAACGGGAAUGGGGAACAAGCGGUUGAGCAUCAAGAGAAGCCGCAACAGAGUGAUCAUGAUGAGGAAAGCAGAGAAGAGAACUCCAAUAGCUCUGAGUGAGUUGAUGUAAAACUAAUCAUAUGAGAUCAUUUGAAAUUGGUGAAAGGAGAAGCCAAGUUAUCUUACAUUUGUGACUAUCUCGUGCCCCAGAGCUCAACUUUGGAGCCACUGUAUGAGUACACAAGUGCAGUAGACAUAUGGUCCACAGGUUGUGUCAUGGCUGAACAUCUUGGGCCGGUUGGAGCACUACUUUUGCAUUACCUAUAUGAUUUUUGUUCUCGGUUCGUGCUCUCGUGGACUUGUUUAUGCAGCCUCGCAAACUAGAUUUUAAACUACUUUGUAUAUAUAUGACUUGCCAGGCUAACGAACUAGAUUU